UUCAUCACCAUCACUAUCGAUACAAUCACCAUCAUCAACAACAACAAUUUGUUUAUCAACAAUCAUGGAAAUAUUACCAUUAAUAUUAUUAUUAACAAUGGGUGUUAUUAUAUCGACAACAUGUGCUAAAUAUCGUUUUAAACAAUCGAUACAAUCGAUACCAACAUCAUCAUCAUCAUUAUCAUCAAUACAUCAGGAUUAUCUGUUACAAGCAAAUAAUUCUUCAUCGACAACUACCUCUUCAUUAUCUGAUCAAUUAAAUGAUGAUAAUGAUGAUAACGAUGAAUAUUUAAAUCGUAUGAUGAAUGAUGAAGAAUCACCAUCAUUAUCUGUAUUAUCAUCGGAACAACAACAACAACGUCCAUUACAAUAUUCAAUGCAAUUUCAACAACAACAACAACAACAAUCAAAAUUAUCAUCGAAAUUAUCAAAUUCAGCUCAACAACAACAACAACAGCAAUUAUUUGCACAACUUGCGCAUCAAUAUUCUGCAAUGCAUCUGCAAUGGUUAUCGAAUUCAUCGGUUACAUGUAAUGAUGGUACACGUGCUGGUUAUUACAUACGACAAUCACCAAAUGGUUCAAAACGUUGGUUAAUAUUUUUAGAAGGUGGUUGGUAUUGUAUGAGUAAACAAGCAUGUGAUCAACGUUGGUAUAAAAUGCGUGAUUUUAUGACAUCAUUUCGUUGGAGUCAAUAUAAAACUGUUAGCGGAAUAUUAUCAUCAUCACCGACAAUAAAUCCAUAUUGGUGGAAUGCCAAUCAUGUUUUCAUACCAUAUUGUUCAUCGGAUAUUUGGAGCGGUGAUCAACCGGCUAAUCAUCAAUCAUCACAAAUGACAAUGUCAUUUUUAGGUUCACGUAUUAUUGAUGAAGUUAUUGGUGAAUUAAUUCGUUCACCAAAAUAUCAAUUUUUACAUGCAAAAUUUGUAUUAUUAGCUGGAUCAUCAGCCGGUGCUGCUGGUGUUAUGAUUAAUUUGGAUCGUGUUGCAAAACAGAUUGCCGAUUCUGGUUCGAUGGCUGAUGUACGUGGUUUGGCUGAUUCUGGUUGGAUUAUGGAUAUGGAUGAUCAACAGCAAAGUUCAUCCAAAUUAUCAUCAUCAUCGACAGCACCAUGUACCGAUGGUUUUUGUCCACCAACCGAAACAAUUCGUGGUGCAUAUAGAUUAUGGAAUAGUCGUGUACCAGAAUCAUGUGCCAAACAAUAUCCACAGGAACCAUGGCGUUGUUUUUUUGGUUAUCGUCUUUAUCCAACAUUAUCAACACCAUUAUUUAUUGUACAAUUUCAAUAUGAUGAAUUUCAAUUAUAUAUGGAUGGUAUUGUUACUGGUGGUGGGGGUGUUGGUCAAGGUGGUCAUGGAAUUGGUAAUGGUGGUCUAAUAAAUGACCAAGAACGUAUUCAAUAUAUCCGUUCAUUAUCGGAACAAAUGAUAAAAACAUUAACAAAUGUUAGUGCUUGUUUUAUACCAUCAUGUAUGGCACAUAUAUUAUUAACCAAAUUGGAUUGGUAUAAAGUAUCAAUCGAUCAUGUAACAUUACCUGAAGCAUUAAAUUGUUGGGAACAAAUACCGGUGAAUUAUAAUCAAUAUUAUUAUCAUAAUCAUCAUCAUCAAUAUGGUCAUCAUCAUAACCAUCAUCAUCAACAUCAGCAUUAUCAUCAACAUCAACAACGGCAAAAUUAUCCCGUUAAUCAUCGAUCAAUAUUCAAUACAAAAUUAUCAAGAUUUCCAUCAGCAAAAUUAUCUGGAUCAGGGUUAUCUGAUCAAUAUUUUGGAUCAACAAUGGAUUCAAAAACAUCCGAUCCACAACAACAACAACAACAAAAUGAAUUAUUACAAUUUUAUUCACCAUCAUUAUCUGGAUCAACCGGUGGUUUAUCAGUAAAUAAUAACAAUUUUCUUAAUUACUUAACAUUAAAAAAUCUAAAAAAUCAAUCCUUAUCAUUGGAUGGUUAUUAUUCAAAUCAACGAAUCGAUUCGAUUCAGAUUCCAAUUCAAGAUAAGGAAGGUGGUUCAAAAUUUUUAAAACCCUCAUCAUCAUCAUCAACGAUGACUAUUUCUACCUUGUUAGAUAGUAAUAAUAAUCAAAUUAAUAGCCGAACAUCAGCAGAUUCAUCGAUGGUUAAUCAUAAUCAUCAUCAACAAAAUCAAAAAAAUAAACGUAAAAAACGUAAACGUCGUAAAGGUCAUCAUCAUCAUCGAAAAAUAUCAACAACAACAUCGACUACGACUAUUUCAACAUUAAUCGAUUCAAUGAUACAAAAUGAUGAUAAUAGAUAUUAUCACCAGGAAGAAUCAUCAAAAUCCUUAUUACAUACUUAUUAUCAACCACAAUCAUCAUUAUCAAAUCGAAAUUCUUACUGGAAUCCAUCAUCAUCAUCGUUUUAUCCGCAACAACAACAUCAUGAACUGCGUAUAUGUCAUUAUCGUUUGAUUGAUAAACAUCAAUAUCCGGAACGUAAUCAUGAAUGUCCACGUUUACAAUUUAAUCAUAAUCAACCAUCGACGACAUCUUCAAAUACUAAUGAUAAUCGUGAUUAUCAUCGACACAAAUCUUAUCAUUCAAUAAUGGAAUAAUAAUUUUAAAAAACAAAACAAAAAAAAUGA